AUGAAAAGUUGGUUGAAAAUUUCCCUUGGACUCAGUGUUUUCGGAUUUUUAAAAGAAAUAAGGCCAUCGGAACCGUUUAUCUAUGAAUUUUUAAUUGAUAAACGAUGGAGAAAUGUUACAGAAGACGAAGUCACGUCGAAAGUAUAUCCCGUAGGAACGUACAGUUACCUUGCUCAUUUGGUACUGAUAUUUUUAAUUACUGAUUUAUGCCGUUACAAGCCACUAAUUGUGUUACUGGGAGCUUCUGGUGUUGCUAUAUGGAGCAUGUUAUUAUGGACCAAUACAUUACUAGAUCUUCAAAUACUAGAAGUGAUCUAUGGCACAUUUUGUGCAACAGAAGUGGCAUACUACAGUUACAUUUAUACUAAAGUUUCAACAGAGCGUUAUCAACAAGUUACCUCACACACAAGAGCUGCCAUUUUGGCCGGACGAGCUAUAUCCGGCAUCUUAGCUCAAUUGCUCAUAUCAUUCAAACUGAUGAAUUACAGAGAUCUCAAUUACAUUACAUUUUCAGCCAUGAUAGCUGCAACGGUAUGGAGUUUGUUCCUUCCUUCCGUGCAAAAAAGCAUUUAUUUCCAUCCCGAAGACGACAUGGUGAAACCUUUGAACGCCAAACUAUCCGGAGCAUUCCAUUUGAUGGUCUCGCACUUUAAGUACUCUUUCACCAAUAUGUACGUUCUGAAAUGGUCCUUGUGGUACGCCUUAUCCACGUGCGGGUUCAUUCAAGUCCAAACGUACAUGCAACCACUAUGGACAGUCAUUGUAAAUGAUCCCAACAAAUCGAUUUACAAUGGUGCUGUGGAAGCUGUACUCACUGUAGUCGGUUUCGUGGGGGCUUUAAUAGCUGGCAUAUUCAAAACCGAUUGGAAAGUUAAAGGUGAACUGACUUUAACUUUAUGUUCUCUAUUCCAAGGUUUUAUUAUGCUCUAUUCCUCCAGGACUCACGAGGUUAUGUGGAGUUACGUUUGUUACGUUAUUUUUGGUGGGUUCUAUCAUUUGAUGAUUACAGUGGCUUGCAGCGAGGUAGCGCAGCACAUCAAAGACGACAGUUACGGUUUAGUGUUGGGCGUUAAUACUUUCGUUGCUUUGGUUUUUCAAACUAUCCUAACGGCCGUUGUGGUGACGGAAGGAGUCGGGUUUGCUUUGAAACCUAGAGAUCAGUAUUUCGUGUAUGGGUGUUAUCACAUUUUCAUAGCGGUGCUGUUUAUUUUAAUUGGAUUUAUAGUUUGGUUGAAUAGGUCCAAAGAGUACCGGAAAACUAGUAUUAUUUAA